AUGGCGGAAGCGACACCAACUUCAGCCGCUCCAUUACCUACCGAACUCGAAUAUGUCCAGUACUCCCACGACCUCGAGGAGAAAUAUCUACCCUCCAUACGGUCCCUCAUCUCGAGGGAUCUAAGCGAACCAUACAGCAUAUAUGUGUACCGCUACUUCCUUUAUCAAUGGGCUCACCUUUGUUUCAUGGCUCUGGAUCCGAGAGACUCAUCGCUCGUUGGUGUCAUCAUCUGCAAACUCGAAAUUCAUGCUUCUCACUCGCCUCCCACCCGCCGUGGGUAUAUAGCUAUGCUUGCCGUUGCAUCGGCAUUUCGAGGGCACGGUAUCGCGACGACGCUCGUGAAGAAGGCGAUUCACGCGAUGACGAUGCGCAACGCCCAAGAAAUCGUCUUGGAGACCGAGGAAACGAACGUCCCAGCCAUGUGCCUGUACGAGCGCUUGGGCUUCCUCCGGUCGAAGAAGCUUCACCGCUACUACCUUAAUGGCAACAGCGCCUACCGGUUAGUCUUACUGUUGCGGUCGAUAGACGAUGAAGAGAACCGUGGCCAAAUGAUGAAUGAAUCCGUCCACGGACCGUCGUUUGCGACCACGCUGCAGUUUCAUAGCUCCUGA